AUGGCGGCGGCGGCGGCGGCGGCGGGGGACUCGGACUCCUGGGACGCGGACACGUUCUCCGUGGAAGACCCGGUGCGGAAGGUGGGGGCCGGCGGCACCGCCGCCGGGGACCGCUGGGAAGGCGAGGACGAGGACGAGGACGUCAAGGAUAAUUGGGAUGACGAGGAUGAGGAAAAAAAAGAGGAAGCAGAAGUAAAACCAGAAGUAAAAAUUUCAGAAAAGAAAAAAAUAACAGAGAAGAUAAAAGAGAAAGAACGGCAGCAGAAGAAAAGGCAAGAAGAAAUUAAAAAGAGGUUAGAAGAACCUGAAGAAACAAAAGUACUAACACCAGAAGAACAAUUAGCAGAUAAACUACGGCUAAAGAAAUUACAGGAAGAAGCAGACCUUGAAUUAGCAAAAGAAACUUUUGGUGUAACUAAUACAGUUUUUGGAAUAGAUGCUAUGAACCCAUCUUCAAGAGAUGAUUUCACAGAAUUUGGAAAGCUACUAAAAGAUAAAAUUACACAAUAUGAAAAGUCAUUAUAUUAUGCCAGUUUUUUAGAAGCCUUAGUUCGAGAUGUGUGUAUUUCAUUGGAAAUUGAUGACUUGAAAAAGAUCACCAAUUCACUGACCGUGCUUUGUAGUGAAAAACAGAAGCAAGAAAAGCAAAGCAGAGCCAAAAAGAAGAAGAAAGGUGUGGCCCCUGGAGGGGGAUUGAAGGCCACCAUGAAAGACGAUCUGGCCGACUAUGGCGGCUAUGAUGGAGGAUAUGUGCAAGACUUUGAAGAUUUCAUGUGA